AUGACAGGAGACGGGAAUGAGUGGCAGGGGCCAGUCGCCAAGACACACAGCUCCCCAUAUGCAAAUGAUCAAUUUGCAUGGGCCAUCUGCCAGGCCCGGAGACCCUGCCAGGGAGGGUGUGGCCCCAGUCAGUCCCGGCAGGCGGCUCCUUCUUCAGUGCCUCAUGCUCACCUAGAGAAGAAUCCUCAGCAGCUCUGGGCUGGUAGCAGCAGCUGGUCGGCAGCGGAGUGUAAGGGUUGCUGGGAGGGUAAGGGGAUCCUGGCUGCCCAAGGGGACCAGCUGGGGCGAACAAACAGGGCCUGGGUGGGUACUGGCUUUGGCCCCAUCUCAGGCAGGAUGGUGAAUUUGGAAUCCAUGCACACAGAUAUCAAGAUGAAUGGGGAUGUGGCAGAUUCCACGGACACUCGCAAUGCCCUUAGCCAGGUGGAGACAGGAAGCGAUCGAAAUGGCUUGGACUUCAACAGACAGAUCAAAACUGAAGAUCUCAGUGAUUCCUUGCAGCCACCACUAUCACACAGGCCCUGCCACCUGUCUCAAGGACCUGCCAUGAUGUCAGGAAACCAGAUGCCUGGGGACAUGGCUUCCCUCCAUCCUCUCCAGCAGCUCGUCCUGGUUCCCAGCCACCUACAGUCUGUGUCACAGUUCCUGCUGUCUCAGUCGCAGUCUGGGCAACAAGGUCUACAGUCAAAUCUUCUCCCGUUUCCUCAGCAACAAAACAGCUUCCUCCUCCCACAGACUGGACCUGGCCUGGCAUCUCAGGCAGUCGGUCGCCCUGGGCUGCCAGGAUCAUCCUUAGACUCCCACCUGGAUGUGUCACAACAUAUUCAAGUCUCCAAACAUUUGCCCAACUCCGGAGGGCCAGAUGAGCCCAGUGACCUGGAGGAAUUAGAAAAGUUUGCCAAGACCUUCAAGCAGAGACGGAUCAAGCUGGGCUUCACUCAGGGUGACGUAGGGCUGGCCAUGGGGAAGCUGUAUGGCAAUGACUUCAGCCAGACCACGAUUUCCCGAUUCGAAGCCCUCAAUCUGAGCUUCAAGAACAUGUGUAAACUCAAGCCACUCCUGGAAAAGUGGCUCAACGAUGCAGAGUCUUCUCCUUCAGACUCCACAGUGAGUACCCCCAGUUCUUACCCCUCCCUCAGUGAGGUUUUUGGUCGGAAAAGGAAGAAGAGGACCAGCAUCGAAACUAAUAUCCGUCUGACUUUGGAAAAGAGAUUUCAAGACAACCCCAAGCCCAGUUCUGAGGAGAUCUCCUUAAUUGCUGAACAGCUCUCCAUGGAGAAGGAGGUGGUUCGGGUCUGGUUCUGCAAUCGGCGCCAGAAAGAAAAGCGAAUCAACUGCCCCAUGGCCACCCCCAUGAAGUCACCCAUCUACAACUCGAGGCUGGUACGAGGCACCAAGCCUGGCAGCCUACAGAAGUCUGAGGGGAAUGAUGCUUGCCGGCUCUCUACUACGGGGUCCCUUGGCCCCCUCUCUGUCACUCCUGUUCACAGCACCAUGCCCGGAACAGUAACGUCAUCCUGUUCCCCUGGGAACAACAGCAGACCUUCAUCUCCUGGCUCAGGACUCCAUGCCAGCAGCCCCAGUGUAUCUCAGACUCACUCAAAAGCAUCAGUGAAUUCCAGUUUUAACACUUCUGGAUCUUGGUACCGAUGGAAUCACCCCACCUACCUCCAUUGAAACCAGAGAAUCUCUUCCCUGCAUCUGACCCUGUUUCCCUCAUUGCAUGGAGGAAAGUCUCUCUCUUGCCUUUGGGUUAUGGACCAACUUCUCUAAGAAGAGGAGAGGAGACUCCACUAUGAACAAGCUCAAAUUCUUGCCUUCUUCAGCAGCAAGAGGCUCAAGAGAUUCAAACUGUGAUUGCACCAUGUAUUGACUCUUAAUGCUCUUGAAAUAUAAGUCAUCCCCCCCUUUCUCUAGGAGUUUGCCAACCUCACCUUCCCUGCCUGGGACCCUCUUUUGUAAUUCCAAACACCUGAGAUGACUUCUCAUGCCUAGGGUCUUUCAGAGGAAGGAGGCCUUGGUCAUUCCUUCAAAGCUAAAAGGAGGAUUUCCCAUGAGAACAGUCUACCUAGCAUACCACACCACAAAUACCGAUGGGGCUAUACUGAUAUUAACUAUAAACUGAGCCGUGGUCACCAAAUUCAUUUCAAUAGAGAAUUGUAUCAAAAUUUAAAUCUGGUGCUGCCUAUAAAGCCCCUCUGCUUCAUUCUUUUAUAUGUUCAACAAAGUUUUUAGGUACGUAUAGUCUUUUCCUUUCUCUUUCUUUUACAGACAUUCAAAUCUACCUAUAUGUGCAUGCUUCCUCACUGCUAACCAUCAUCCUUCUCUUUGCAGAAAACUGACCUAUCCUUAGUGCCCUCAAAGCAAUCUCUUUGCCUUGCCCAGACUCCGAGAAUAUUGUUUCUCUAUAUAUUCUUUCUUUCCCUCCUUCCCUGUUCUUCUGGGCUUCCUUGACUGUGGAAUGGUAGGACUAAACACGCACACAUAUAUAAAUAAUAAUGGCAACUACAUACUUGAAAAUAGCCCCCUGCUCCCUGCCUCCUUCUCCUCCCACCCCAGUAUGCUCUUUCCUUAAGAUGGAAUUUUCAUCAUAUGUAACUCAGGAGCAAAUUUUGAAGACUUGUAGUAUUUUAUCAUGUUUAAAAAAAAAAAGAAAAAUACCAAAGGAUGAAAUACUCUGGUAGCUUUCAGAGUUCCUAAGAUUUAGAGCUAGAAAGGAGCUCUGAGAUGAGGAAACUGAGGCCUAGAGAAGCUAUGACUUAAAGUCACACAGGUGGUGGUCAGUAGCAGACAGAUUUUGAAUCCAGAACUUCUGACUUUAGAUCAGUUCUCUUGCCACUCACUAUACCAUGCUGCCUUAUUACCCAACUGGAAAGGGCAUCUUAGUUGGACUUCUUGGUUAGGGGGUUAGUGAGCAGGGGUGAGGAAUGAUCCCUAUGUUGUCCUCACUACUCACCGAUAAAUAAGGACUUCAUAUGAAGCCAUUACAGCAGACUAAGGUCAAGACAUCUGUGUGCUAUUAAGCAAGUUUGAGAGUUGUACUGCCUUGUGAGUUACCCUUCACUGGAGGCUUUGAACCUUUACUGUAAUAUGUGACUUAACUUACUACAAAGUAGAUACCUGUUUGUCAAAGGGAAUGGGACGCAUGUAUAGAAAUUUAAUGUGUGUAUACACAUAUAGGUGAGUGGGUAUAUAUUCAUAUAUGCACAUAUAUACAUAUAUGUGUGU